AUGAGCCAAACCAACAACCCAUUCUUUAAGACUUCAAUAUUUUGGAAGCUCUGUUGUGUGUAUGACCACAUAGUUGUUCACACCCUCAUUCGGUACUGCUCGACCACUUCGAACGAGUUUUGGGACGCUCUCCGAGACAUCCUUGAUGCCUCUGGGAUAUUAUAUUCUGUCCUUGCCGAUGAGCUCCGCGAGGAGGUGAUGAACACCAAGCCUCACACACUCUUUCGAGUCAACUCGGGUCCAACGUCACUCCUGUCUUCAGUUUUUAGAAAGGAAAUGGCUUCUCUAAUGGAGAGACAUGUCAACCCGAUCAUUCACUCGUGUAACACAGACGACAUCCAAUUGGAUUCUCCAGACGAACAUGUGAGAACAAAGUCUAUAGACACAGUGACGAAAUAUAUUAACAUCCACAUCACUCGAUUCCAACAGAUGGCGUCUGAGAUCCCGGAAAACCUCCGAUCGAUAUUUGGAAUCGUUCGUGACACCGUCGACGAGAUCUUCCCCGACUCCGGCGUGUCGACACAGAUCCUCUCUGCGUUAUUCUUUCAUAAAAUUAUUACUCCUGCUAUUAUCACUCCAACAAAGUUCUGUUCUUCAAUUUCUACACCAACAGACAAGGGAAGACAAACACUCAUGCUUUUGUCUAAAAUAUACCAAACCUUCGUCAAUCAAAGCGACGAGCCAUUUCCAAAGGAAAUUAACUUACACGUGUUCAACGAUGCUAUUGUCUCGGAAUAUAAAAGAGUACAUGAUAUGCUCGACUUGUUGAGUUCGUCGACUACGCUUCCAGAAUAUCACUUCAAUAAGGUCGUUUCAAGUCAACUUCUGUUGAGAAGAGUACCUCCUAUCAUCACUUCAUUGGAAUCAUUGAAGCCUGCAGCAGUCUCUGCAAUCAUUCAGCCGUUCAUAGACACCGGAUUUAAAAACCUUGCAGAGAACUUACUUGCACUGACAAACAUCAACAUCUAUCAAAAGGACUUGGCCAAAUUGGAUUUGAAAAAGCCAAAAGAUGUUGGGAUUUUUUAUGAUGAAAGUGAAGAACUGUGUUAUACUGCGGUGAUUAGAGGAUACGAAGAUACCGUUAAUAUGUACCAAAAAAAGAUCAAUAAACUGACAGAGGAGAUAUUCAAGCUCAACCAAGUCAUUGAAAGACUUGACGCUCCUAUUGAGCCAAAGUCGCUUGUUAAUAUGAACACCUCGCCCUCGUUGACUCCACGAAAAGAAGAAAAAGAGAGUACCAAGACCGUGAAUAUUCAAGAGUUCUAUAUAUCUGAGAAGAUCCCUGAUGAGAUCAGAUGUCGAUUAAUAACUUUGACAAGUAAAGAGAACCAAAUCUACGACUUUAUUACUAAGAGUGAAAGUACAACUGUUCUUGGGAAGUGCGAGAAGUUCCUUGGCGUUUACCAGAAAGCUUCGAAAUGCAAAAUAGAAGAUGACGCACCAAAGAUCUCUCAAAAAGAUAAGGAUAAAGAGAUUAAAGAUAAGGACAAAAAGGACAAGGAGAAAGCCGUUGCCAAAAAUAAAAAGACGUGUCUUGGGAUAUUGAAGGAAGCACACGACAACAGAGAAGCGUUAAUGAGUCAUCUUGAAGAUACUAAACUCACUCAGAGAAUCGUUGCACUCACUGGUAUUUUGGACGACAUUAUCUUCAUCUUUAACUGA